AUGGCGCCCACCGUUAAGCCUCCCCCACAAUUGAACAUUCCCGACUCCAAGUCCGUUGUCAAUGUCCAUAUAAUCGACAGUACCUCGCGCAUCAAGGGCAUCCCAUUCUCUGCGUUCAUGACCCCGCCCUACAAAGGCCUCGAUUACCUGGACUGCCCUGCUUUCUGCUUCCUUAUAGAAAAUCAGUCCUCUGGACGCAAGGUUCUCUUCGACCUGGGGGUACGGAAGGACUGGGAAAACCUGCCAGCGACUAUAGUAAAGCGUAUUAAAGAUGGGGGCUGGACGGUGACAAUUAAGAAGGAAGUUGCAGAAAUUUUGCUAGAAGGCGGGGUGGCUCCGAAGGAGGUUGAAGCCAUUAUUUGGAGUCAUUACCACUGGGAUCACACUGGCGACCCUUUCACCUUCCCCACCUCCACAGAUCUCAUCGUCGGCCCUGGAUUCAAACACGCGUUUGUGCCAGGCUUCCCUGAAAAUCUUGAGGCGCCUAUUUCAAAAAGCGCAUACGAGGGCCGCAACCUCCGCGAGAUAUCCUUCGCAGAUUCAAAGCUGGUCCUAGGUCGAUGCAAAGCGGUUGACUUCUUCGGCGAUGGCAGCUUCUACCUUCUCGACACUCCAGGACAUGCAAUUGGGCAUAUGUGCGGUCUUGCACGCACCACUGUGUCGCCAGAAACAACCUUUAUACUCCUUGGCGGCGAUUGCGCGCAUCACGGGGGCGAGUAUCGCCCAACGCAGUACCUCCCUCUACCAGAAACUCUUUCACCAUCUCCCAUCCCAAGAACACAUCCCGGCAUCUGCCCAGGCGCUGUUUUCGCUGAUAUCCAUCACCUGCAUCCCUCAUCGUCUUCCUCUACCGAGCCAUUUCUAUUGGCCAGUGAGGACGCAGCGCAUGACCUCAAAGCUGCCAGAGACAGUGUUGUGAAAUUGGGGGACUUUGAUGCGCAUGAGAAUAUACUGACUAUGAUUGCACAUGAUGAUACGAUGAUCAAUGUUGUGGGCACAUUCCCGAACACGUUGGCGAAUGAUUGGAAGAGUAAAGGGUGGAGGGAGAAGGGUAUGUGGAAGUUCUUGGGAGAUUUUGCGGAGGCGGUGGAGGAGAAGGAGGGGAAGGAGGGCGGGAAGGAACGAUGA